AAUUUGAUAUCUGUGGCUAGUAUUCGUUGCUAUACCUUCAGACGUAAGUGGCUUCCAGGCAGUUCGCCCUGAUCCGUAUACAGAUCCCCUUAGAUGACCAAAGCUGAGUUUCACGCUUCUCUGCGCCUUUACGAUCAAGACUCUUUAAGGAAAUGCACUUGAAAAACAUGGGACUAAAGAAAGAACCCUAAAAAUAAUAAUCAACUGCAAGAAAACAUCAAGAUAGUGGAGCGAAUAAGUAACACAGAAAGCGUCUUUCAGAUGGAACCGGAGUUAAAAAACUCUACAGCUGCUUUGAAGGAAAUAGGGUUGGGACUCACAAACGCCGGAUUUGAGAAUGAUGAAGGGAGACCCGAUAAUGAUUCUCCUGUCUCUUUGGAAAAUGUCAAAAGAAAUAUUGCGAUAACGCUUCCAAAUAAUGAAAACCUCCGGUGUGGAAAUGCGUCAACUAUAAAUGAAAAAGAACAAGAAAGGUGGGGUUGCCGUCACACUUUAGCUGCAAUGAGCUUCCUCGGGUUACUCGUUUCGUACAUCAUGCGAGUCAACUUCUCCAUCGCCAUCGUUGCCAUGGUGGGCACCAGGGCCAAAAAUGUCACCUCUUUCGUUCAUCACAAUCACAGCGAAGGUUUCCCAGACCCACAGAAUCAAGAGUUGAAAGACAAUCAGCAAACUCUUGCUAGCAUGGAAUUCAACUGGGAUGAGAAAAUGCAGGGUAUUUUAUUGGGAGCAUUCUACUGGGGGUACACAGCCACCCUCCUGAUAGCAGGUCGAACAGCAGAACGUUAUGGUGGUCGUCUUAUAUUUGGCUGGAGCCUUGUCAUCUGCUCUGUCAUUAAUAUUUUGACUCCUUUUUGUGCCCGCACCUCUACAGUACUCCUGGUUGUCGUGAGGUUGUUGAGUGGAGCAGCUCAGGUACGUUCAAUACCUUGGAAAGACAUAGCAAAGUCUCUGCCUUUUUGGUCGAUUGUUGCAGCAAGUUUUGGAUACAGCUUUGGUUUCUAUACUCUACUAAGUGGUCUCCCUUUGUACUUUUCUAAUAUACUCUUAUUUGACUUAAAAGAGAAUGGAUUAUUAUCAGCUUUGCCUUAUGCUAGUAUGACCAUCAUGAUUUUCUUAUGGGGAAUCUUGAUGGACUUAUGCACACAGAGAAGUAUAAUCUCUAUUAAAGCCACCAGAAAGCUAUCAACAGGAGUAGGUGGUUAUGGACCUAUGAUAGGACUCGUCACCAUGUACUUCGUGGGACAAGACACCUUAUCAGCACUUGGGAUUUUAUGCAUGGCAGUGAUCCUUUCAGGCACGAGUUUCUGUGGUUACCCAGUCUCUAACCAAGACAUCGCCCCAAAUCUGUCAGGGACACUGGUGGGAUUGACAAACACCGUAGGAGCAUCCACUGGAUUCUUGGCUCCAGGAAUCAUGGGUCUUAUCACUCAAGGAAACCAAAACCUGGAUGCAUGGAGACUUGUUUUCCUUAUUUCGUCUGCUGUUUUAUUCGUCAGCACAACAUUCUACGUGGUUUUUGCAACAAACCAAAUCCAACCUUGGAAUGCAGUUGACUAUAAUUCUACACGCAAGAAACAAGAUUCAGAGGCACCGGGUGGAAAAGCAGAUACAGUACUACAGAAAUAUUAAAAAAUCUGAAGAUAAAACAAUAAUAAUGAAAGCAACUGUAAAUAUAAUAUUGCAAGCUAUAAAGAAAACCCGUUUUGUUUUUUUACUGCAUAUGUACAUGGUUUAAGAAAAGUAAGUGUAGGAAUAAUCAGAAAAAUAAAUGAAAAAUCAAUGAUAAUAAAAAAUUAUUAUAGAAUUUUCCCAUUAUCUCAGGUUUU